AUGGAGGUGGCGAGGGACUACGUGGGCUCGCUGGUGCGAUCUUUGGUGUCCAUGGGAGCAUCUGUGGGAGCAGUAACAAAACAGACCCUGUUCCCUCCUCUCAUGCCUGCAGGGCGACCUUUCCGUGUGUCCAAUGCCUCCCGAAGCAGCCGGAAAGGAAUUGUUGCAAGCAGUCUGCAAGAGCUCAUCAGCAAGACUUUAGAUGCCUUCCUUAUAUCUGCUGGAAUAAUUACUUUGGUUUUGGAGGAAGAUGGCACAGUUGUGGACACAGAAGAGUUCUUCAAGUCCUUGGAUGAUAAUACACACUUCAUGGUUCUAGAAAAAGGAGAGAAAUGGACCCAAACAAGAAAUGGAGUUGCCACUGUGAAACGCAAGAAGAAAAUGGGAGUAGCUAACAUCACAUUUGAUCUGUACAAGCUGAACCCAAAGGAUUUUAUUGGCUGCUUAAACAUCAAGGCGACCUUCUAUGAGAUCUACUCUGUCUCAUAUGACAUCAAAUGUAUGGGAGCAAAAAGUGUACUGCGGAAGGUGCUUCAGCUGAUGUCCCAUGCAGCACAAAUAACUGGACAGUUUCUUCUCUACACUGGGACCUAUAUGUUGCAGUUGAUGGGUGAAUAUGAUGAAGAUGACACGUGUGCAAGAUCAAGGCGGGAGUAG